AUCUCGGAGAGUUACAGCGCGCCUCCUGGGCGAGAGCUGGUGAUCAAUGGAGGCUUCAAGGAUACACUGAAGGUGUGGUCAUCUGACACAUCACGACAAGAUAUAAGAGAGCUCGCAUCAGAUCAUGAGGAGGCAGAUACUAGAAUAGUACUGCAUGCCCGAGACGUAGCAGCAAGAGGGUACAAGCAAGUCAACAUUUUGUGUCGUGAUACGGACGUUCUUGUCCUCCUUUUGGCACACCGAGAGCAGCUUUGUCAAGAGAUAUGGAUGUUUGCGGGUACAUCAAGACAAAGGCGUUACAUACCAGUUCACAGAAUCCCGCUCUCCGAGGAGAAGAGGAAGUCGCCUCUGGCAUUUCAUGCCAUUACUGGCUGUGGUACGACAAGCCAGUUCUAUGGUGUGGGCAAGGCUUCGGCAUGGAAAGUCUUCGAAGAUGCACCUAACCUCUUGGAACACCUUGGAGAAGAAAGCCAAAUCAGUGCUGCCGUUCUUGCCAAAGCUGAAGCCUUUGUAUGCAAACUCUACAAUCCGGGAACACAAAAGGUGGAA